UGUCAGAGGACUGUCUGUGCUCCCCACGUAGAUGACUGCUCCACAUCUGGUGUCUGCUGCUGAAAGAGAGACGAACCGCUCCACGCGCGAUCACCCACAAGUCAGAAUAAGGUUUUUCCAGCGUGGGGAAAAAUGCCGGCGAUCGUAGGUAAAAACUCCGAUUUGGAGUUCGACUCGCUGCAACCGUGCUUCUACCCGGACGAGGACGACUUCUACUUCUGUGGUCCCGACUUCGCGCCACCGGGGGAGGACAUCUGGAAGAAAUUCGAGUUGCUGCCCACUCCGCCCCUUUCCCCGAGCCGUGCCGCGCUGCCCGGGGAGCCGGCGGCAGCCUCCCCGGAGGCGGACCCCCUCGGCUUCGGCUUGGGAGACCCCUUGGACUGGGCUUCGGAACUCUUCCUCCUGCCCGGGGACGAUAUCUGGGGGGCUUCCGAUGAUCUGGAUCUGUUCGGUUCCGCUUUGGAUACAAACCCAAACAACAUAAUCAUCCAGGACUGUAUGUGGAGUGGAUUCUCCGCCCGGGAGAAGCUGGAGCGGGCCGUCACGGAGAAACUCGGCAAGGCUAUUACCCCCAGCGCCGCGGCGAAGCCCCCGGCUCCGGCGGUGCGAGACGCGUGCGUGAAAGCCGCGGAGGCCGCCAGCCGGAGCGUGGCGUCGGAGUGCGUGGACCCCGCCGUGGUGUUCCCCUUCCCCGUCAACAAGAAGAGCGCCGGCGUGGACUCCGACACGAACCACGGGGACGCGUCCACGCAGAACGCCCACAGCGACUCAGAAGAAGAAGAGGAUGACGAUGACGAUGAUGAGGACGAUGACGACGAGGAGGAGGAAGAGGAGGAUGAUGACGAGGAGGAGGAGGAAGAGGAGAUCGACGUGGUGACGGUAGAGAAGAGGCGCUGCACGACGAGUAAAGCCGUGGCGUCGAGCGGCGUCCCGAAAAGCCAGGACCAGAGAGGCGUCGCCUCAGGGGCGGCGGGUCGCUUUGUCAACCGAGCCCCGCAGGAGCUGAUACUGAAGAGGAGCUCGGUGCACCAGCAGCAGCACAACUACGCCGCGCCCUCGCCGUACACGUCGGACGACGACCCGGCGCCGCCUUCCAAAAAGCAGAAGACGUCAGACGGGUCGAGACACGCCCCCAGGACCGCCGGGUCGUCGUCCUCGUGCGGCUCCAUCUCCUCAGGAGGCCCGCGGAGCAGACGGAGCUGCAGCGGGGACAGCAGCCCGCGCGGCGGCUCCGACUCGGAGGACAGCGAGCGUCGGCGCAACCACAACAUCCUGGAGCGCCAGCGUCGCAACGACCUGCGCUCCAGCUUCCUGACUCUGCGCGACCACGUGCCGGAGCUGGCGCGCAACGAGAAGGCGGCCAAGGUGCUCAUCCUCAAGAAGGCCACCGAGUACGUGAGCUCCCUGGAGACGCAGGGGCUGAGGCUCCAGCAGGAGAAGGACAGGUUGCAGGCCCGCAGACAGCAGCUGAUGCGCAGGCUAGAGCAGGCCAGGACUCGCUGAUGCGCCGACCCACGCCCAACCUCCCCCCGGGUGACCCCGUCCCCCCCCACCCAGCAGCCGCCACCAAAACCGCCAAUCUGUCGAUUGGUGCAACUUUGUCAGCAUAUACUUUUAAGCACAGACACGCCAGGCCCGCAUGAACACAAACAUCUCAGAAGACGCUCGUCACACACUAACGUGAGGGGGAGGGCGGGGCUUAAUGGAGGGAUGCUCGGACUUUCACUGCCGCCACUUUUUUUGCACAUUUGUUGACGUUAAGAAUGUUAAGGGUUUACUUUUUCAAUCCAGUCACAUCGAGGAAAGAUAAUGAGGAAUGUAAGAAAGAGAGGCUUAUAUAUACAUAUAUAUGUAUGUAUUUUUGUGUACAUGUAUAUUUGUAUGUAUAUACGUACGUAUGUAUGCAUGUAUG